UUCCUGGUGUUGGCUAUAGCCACUUGGUUCCUAUUCUUCAAUUCUCAAAGCUGCUUGUUAAGCUUCACUCAUAUCUUCAUGUCACAUGUCUCAUUCCCACCCUUGGUUCUCCCCCAACUUCCUCAAAAACCAUUCUUCAAACUCUUCCAUCAAACAUCAACUACACUUUUCUUAAUCCCGUACACCCUAAGGAUCUUCUUUCACAAGGGACUACCUUAGAAACGCAACUCCAGCUCACAGUCUCUCACUCGUUGCCAUAUAUACAUCAGGCUUUGAAGUCAUUGGCUAUAAGGAUACCCCUUGUUGCUUUGAUAGUUGAUUCUUUUGCAGUUGAAGCACUAGACUUUGCUAAGGAAUUCAACUUGUUGUCCUAUAUAUACUAUCCUGGAGCAGCUACUACACUGUCUUUGAGCCUUUAUUUGCCUAAGUUGGAUGAUGAAGCAUCAUGUGAGUACAGAGAUUUAACAGGACCAAUCAAAAUACCAGGCUGCGUACCACUCCACGGGAGAGAUCUCUAUGCUCCUACUCAAGAUAGAUCGAUUCAAGCUUACAAAUUCUUACUCGAGCGUGUUAAAAAAUUCCGCUUUGUUGAUGGGAUUCUCAUUAAUAGUUUCUUAGAAAUGGAAAUUGGUCCUAUAAAAGCACUAACCGAGGAACGAAGUGACAAAUGGUUAUUCCAUCAUGGGCACCGCAGAUUCAAAUCCUUGGCCACAGAUCAGUUGGCGGGUUCUUGACUCACAAAAUUUGAUAGCAUAAGAGUUAAGACAAAUGGACUUUCUUUAGCAGUUUGAAUUCAGAAUUCACAACACUUGUCAUCUGAAUUCCUAUCACUCUCUUGGAUAGUAAGACAAUAGCUUAGUUACAUUGAAUGAAUAUCUAAUAUUGUUCGUGAAAUACGGCGAUGUUAUUUCAUCACAAUUCGGUCCAAAUUACUUGCAUAUAUUUAUGAUCACAAAAUUGGCAGCAUUGAUGGAGCCAACCUUGGAUUCCCUCCAUUAAUGGCCAAAAUCCGUAACCUCCGCCAUCACCUAUUUAAGGGAUCAUAACUCCCCUAACGGAAACAUACCUUUUGUAUAUGUGUAACCGUCAAGGUCAACUUGGGUAAGGGGAUCUUGCCGAGCGGUAGGUAAACACCUACCGAGCUCUCUGCCCAUGCCAGUUUUCUUGAUCGGUUUAAAUAUUCUAAAUAUGUAUAUAUCCGAUUUAAUUGAUGAGGGAAAAUUUUUUGUAACGAUUUUUUGUUAAUUGAAUUUUAUUUGUUAUUUGAAAAGUUGUAUUUAUAUUGGAUUUUGAAUAAGGUAAGAAAUGAGUUAAAAAUAAUUGGUUAAGUGUUAUUAUAGAAUUAUAUGAUAUAUUUUGUAACCAAAAAAAAAAGAAUUAUAUGAUAUAUUUGAGAUAUGGAUUUAAAAGUGAUAGUAUUUUAUAGGGUUUGUUAUGUUAUGGGCUGGGUGACUGAUUAUAAAUUAGGAGAAUAGUACUCGUAAGAGCCAUGACGUGAUUUGUGAUUCUUUGAUAUCGAUGGAGCCGGAAAGCAGUGUUGAAAGAGGUAGGCGGCUGAAAUCGAAACGGAAUCAUGUUGAAGCUGAUCUUGUGGAUGAUGUUAAAAGAGGCUCGCCGCCGAAAUCAGAUAGAAACUCCAGUAAAAAAGCUGCUAGAAAAAAACAAUUUGUGGCUGAUAGAGAAAAACGAAAGCAAAGGAGAAUUGCCAAGGCUGAAUAUGACAGAAUCACUCGAAACCAAAGUAUAUAUGAUCUUACUGUUGGCCCUCCACGAGGCAACUGUGGUGGUAUCCGGCCCCUUCGCAUAGACAAAUCAAUUCGCCCUAGUCUCAAUGAAUAUUGUAAAUUUGCUUUGAAAAAGUUCAACAAUUACAAGAAAAAUAUACAGGAUCCAGAAUUUGUUUUUGUUGAUGUUGUCAAGUCAACCCAUGGUAGCCCUAGAAUCUUUUAUAUUACCUUUAAGGCAAAAAGACAAGAUGCUUCCCCAAUAAUUUUCCAGGCCCAUGUUUGGCACCGCUUGGAUGGUUCAAUUGAGGUCUUUUCUUGUACCAUCAAAAAAGACUAACCAUGGUCUUCGGAAGCUCAGAACGGUGGACAGUUGAAAAGGACGUUAUCGGUCCAUUAUUUCCAACCAAAACAUAUUCAUAUGUGCUCGUCAAACCAAAACUAUUGAUAUGCGUUUAUUGUUUUUUGUUCUUGUGUGGCUUAGGUGGCCACAUUCUGUAUCAAUGCUUCUGGUCACCUAUGGGUGACAACAUGCUGAGCAUUUGUUUUUGAAACUCUAGUCAUGAAUAUUGACAAUUAGUUUUCACUAUUUUAUUCAUUUUUUAACUAAUUUUUCAACUUUCCGUCACAUUUCUAGUGCUGAAAAACCAUUGAAAAAAAACUCAACUAUACUAUGUGAACUAUGAAAUCACCACACAGUCUCUUUCUCUUUAAUGCAUAUUCAUUCUACUUUAAUAUUAAUGUUUGUUUUGUUGAAGUUUAGAUGUACUCAUUAUAUUCAUGUACUAAAUAGUUCACGGUGUUCUAUGUAAUUUUACUCAUGUUUUAAUAUCGAUGACUCUUUAAUAUUAAUGCUUGUUUUAGCUUUGCUACCUAAAACUCGUUUUUAUGGUGUGAGUUGACAUAGAGAGGUGAUUGUCAUUCUUAGAUCUUAGAUAAUCAUCUAUUGGAUACUAUCAGCUAAAGAUAUGGUUAGACUCAAUAUCCACAAAUACUGUAGUAGGGAUCAGUGUGGAGUCCUGCUGCUUUAUAAUUGAUGGAACUUAAAGCUCUUUGUUGGUUGAUAGUUUGAUAUAUCAUUUAUUGGGUAAUGAAUUGAUCUUAAAGUGUUAAGAUUGAAAGUAGAUAUGAGUGAUGGUAAUAUUAAUAGGCGAGUAGAACAACGUAUUACUGACCUAUGGAUGUGCGUGAUAAAUACCUAAUUAUGAACUCUUUCACGAGAAAGUUUUUCUACAAUUAAUAAAAAAAAUCUCCAUUUUACUUUGUCAUUUAUUUUAUGUCAUUUACUUUUGUCAUACCCCAAAAUUUGCCCUCCCAUAUUCCAUUCACAAUGAUGCAAAGCUCAGGGUUCAGUCCCAAAGACCACUCACUCCACAGUCUAGAGGAUCCACAGUCAACUGGUUUGACCUAAAAGUCAACCAUCACUAG